AUGAGCUUCAGCUAUAGAGGAAAAUAUAUUCAUUAUCGACAUUAUGUCAAGUCUACCAAAAGAGGAGGUGAACCCGGAAUGGCAAAUGAAAAUGAAGACGAAAAUAAGGGAAACACGAUAACUGAUUCUCAACGCGUUGGGAUGAGUAGUCUGGUAACAUCUUCGAUUCUGGAAUCAUCGCUGAGUUUGAAUAGUGUACCACCUGAUGUGAAGCAGAUACCAGAAAACGGUCUAACUGAUAAUGAGACAGAAUUAAUUUAUACUACGGUGGAAGCAGCUAUGGGGAAUUUACUGAUACAGAAUAAAGAUGAUCUACAAACUAGUCGACCGAGACAGAGUGGGCAGGUUUAUGAAGAGAGUAACUGGUCCUCCACAAACAGCAUUAACUCUAGUCUUUUGGAGAAGGAGGAUGAAAGUGAAAGUUUAUUUAAUAUUUCAAAUCAAUUUGCAAAUUACAGUAUUAGCCAAAUUCGUGAUUUUGAAGAAAGAUUGGAUCGCAAUGAAGAACACGCGUAUGUUCAAUCGUUGAUUAGUCAACUUGUCUAUGCAGCAGAACCAAAGGUAAAGACAAGAGGCGCAAAGGGAAAGAUCAAGAAAAAGUUGGACAACUUGAAAACUAGUCAUCAAGACAACGUUAAGGACAAAGGUACGGACAAGGACAAGGACAAGGCCAAGGACAAGAACGUUGUUGGUGAUGGAGAAGACCUUGAUGAUCUCGGCGAAUCUCAACUAUUACAGAAUGAGAAAUUAGUGCAUAUAUAUGAAAACUGGCAUGUGCCACAGGAUCAAAAUUUACCCACAAUGAAUCCACUACACAACAGGGAUGACUCUAGUCCUUUCCAAUUCUAUAAAAACAACAAUACUGAUAAGUCGAUUACUCGAAAUCCACGAUUAUCAACGACUAAAAUGUUGAUUGAUAAUUGGUGCCAGCUUCGAGAAUAUUAUGAGGUGUUUUCAGGAAGUAUCAGGACUGAGAAUGAAGCCAUGAAUAUUGGGAAACAACACCAUGCAAACUUGGAAGAAGAAACACACCCGGAAAUUUUAAAGGACUUGGGAUCGAUCAAUGAGUUUAUUGGGGUCAAGGUUGAAGAAUUAAAGCAUUUUUUGAAGCACAACAGUGUGCAUGAUGUGCAGAAGAACAAUGAAAUGGACAAAUUUGAACUUGAAAAGGAAUACGUUGCAAAUAAUACCAUUUCGAAACAAAAUUUGGAAGAUUUAUUACAAAUAGAAUCUGAGGAUUUAUUGGCGUUGGACUGGGCAGAUCAAAUAAUCUAUCGGCUAUUUAUUUUGUUGACAAGAAGUCAUGCCAGAGAAGUUUUGGUGCAUGGACACAUUGAUUUAAAAAGACACGAAUUCUUAAGUCAACAAUCUUAUGAAGUGAAAGAAGCCAAUGUUGACUACCAACUGAAGCUCCGUGAUGCUAUUUUGGUAAGUGGAGUGAUUGAUCUUUUAAAGCUUGCAAAUCCAAAUGAUUUACAUGAUUACAUCAUGUUUGUUGAAGCAGGUAACAUGAUUGAAUUUGAAUUUGAGAAGGACCAAAAUCAAACACCAAUUAUAGACCUCACGAUAUUUUUGACAGAAAUGAAACUACUAUUGAAGGAGUAUAGCACUGCAAAUUUAUCGCUAACAUUGUCGGAUAUCAAGACUAGGCAAAGAAAUCUGUUGCCCAAACAAGAGUCUGUAAUUGCUGGUGCUAAGUUGCAAACAUUUUACUACCGCUACAUGUUUGAAAUCUUGGGAUCUAAUGAACAUAUGGGCUACGAGUUUCUUUUGAAGAAUGCCAAGGCGCGAAAUCUAGAUGUUGACAAACCAUUGAGCCCCUUGACUGUUUUGAAGAUAUUGGUUAAACAUCACGACUUGUUCUAUAAGGACUUUGUCAAGUUGAGUAGAGGCGAGCUGAUUGGCCACGAGGCAUUUGAUGCGCAUACAUCUGCUUCUUCUUCAUCAUCAUCUUUUUCUACUUCAUCAUCAUCUUCAUGCAGUUCUUCUACUUUUUCUGGUUUUCCCACUAUUUCUACUAAAGCAAGAAAGCCAUACCAUUUCCAUGCUUUGUUUCAAGAUAUAAACGAGUUCUCCUUUGUGAGCCCAGUAAAUGAUGGGUUUCUCAAAGGCUUAGAAGAAUUGCAACUUGAACCUAAGUUUGACUUUGAUCGAUUUCUCAAACCAUUGCUUAGAUCAUGGGUAACUCCACCUACAUUACGAUACUUUGCAGCUCGUGCGUCUCAAUUUUAUCGCAUUUUGAACCCUUUUUUGGGUCCUGAAACAACUGUUGAGUAUCAUAAUGCGUAUUCGACACGGAAUAUGAAAACUAUGGUUUAUGAAUACGACGAACAAGAGCUUCGAAAUGAAGUUGAAAAAGCGUGUUUAUUUUGGACUGGAGAAGCUGCGCCCAAGUUUGUCGAUGAUAGAUCCAAAUGCAAAUUUUGCGAUUUCAAAUCGAAGUGUGCAGUAGCUAAAGGCGAAUUGGUAGAGUUUGGAACUGGAGAAGAACUUGCAGGAGAUGGCCAAUUUCUAAGCUCUAAGCUGGUAGGUCCAAUGUUGAGAAAGUUUCUCAAUGAGAACCAGAGUGCUGAUUUGAAUAAACUACAGAAUGAACUGGGAAAUAGUAAUGAGGGAGAACAGCCGCCGCUUGCUGUGUUCAAUGAUUGCUUGAAGCUGGGACAAGUAACUGUUCCUGGUUUAUAA